AACCACAGUCAUUCAUUUUUCGCCAGUUCCCUUUUCAGUAAGGAAUAAUAUGAGAAAACUAGCAUGUCCUUAAGGAAUAAAAAACACUUCUUUUAAAGCAUUUGAAAAAUUGUAUACACAAUGAUAAAGGCAAUUUUAGUUUUUAACAAUCAUGGUAAACCAAGGUUAUCGAAAUUUUAUCAUUACUUUAGUGAAGACAUGCAGCAACAAAUAGUUAAAGAGACUUUUCAAUUGGUUUCUAAACGAGAUGAUAAUGUGUGCAAUUUUCUAGAAGGUGGAAGUUUAAUUGGUGGUAGCGAUUAUAAACUAAUAUAUAGACAUUAUGCUACUCUAUAUUUUGUCUUUUGUGUUGAUUCAUCGGAGAGCGAGUUGGGAAUUUUAGAUUUGAUUCAAGUUUUUGUUGAAACGUUAGAUAAGUGUUUUGAAAAUGUUUGUGAAUUGGAUUUGAUUUUCCAUGUGGACAAGGUUCACUACAUAUUAAACGAAUUGGUAAUGGGUGGAAUGGUUUUAGAAACGAAUAUGACUGAAAUUUUAACUAGAAUAGACGAUCAAAAUAAGUUAGAGAAACAAGAGGCCGGUAUUACUGCAGCACCUGCAAGGGCAGUUUCAGCGGUCAAGAAUAUGAAUAUUCCACAACAAAUAAAAGAUAUGAAGCUACCUGACAUUCCGCAGGCUAUUAAGGAUCUCAAGUUCUGACCUCCAAUACCUCCAUAUUUCCAAAGCAUAAGUUUACCACGAUGUCCUGCCCCUGACUGCAAAUCACUUAUGGAUGAACCAUCAUUUACAAAGUAUACAUAAUCAUGUACGGAGCUGCUAACUAGUGCCUCAAUUUUACUGAUUUACAUUGUCUAGAACCCAUCGGUAUUUGAGACAUACGAAAUGUGCUUAGAUUUAUAAUGUAAGGGAAUUUAAUUUAGAUAUCCUCUCUGUUACUGUUCUCUACAUGGAAUGAUUUAUGUAAAUUGAAAAACUUUUACCCAGUAACACAAUAGUGGUUACCAAAACUAGGGAGCAGUGAAUAAAAUUAUUCUAUUUAAAUAUUUAUGCCUUUAAACUUGGCGCAUAAUGACUGUGUAACACUCAUUUAUAUUUUGGAAUUAUUAAUACAAAUAUUGUCAUAUUUA